UCGCAUCCGAUCCUGCAAUUAGCAGCUAAAAGACAUAUUUCACCGGAAAUGAUGAACGCGAAACCGAUGAAAAUCGGGAUAGAGAAUAAUAAGCCGAGAAAUAAAACGCAGCUUCAAUGCCACGAAGCUAACAAACGGAAAGAUAAGACCAGUCAAUUAAUUUAUGCAAUGUUCGCACUAUCCUGCUUCGACUAACGACAUCAUUCACAACGUCAUUCUGUAAUGACAAAAACUCGAUUUUUUUUUUCACAAGCAAAAUUUAUUUAUACCCGAGUAAGAAUUUUAAUUUAUUAAAAUUAUCUUUUUCUUUGAACUAUACGCGACUGUAAUUUUGCUACGUUUAUGCUUAAAUAUUUUCAUUAAAUAUGCAUCGCACGGAUCCGCUUAAACUUUGACACUGUGGCAUAUAUUCCUUGGAAAUAAAAGUGCAACGUAACUAGACAACCUUUUCCGGGCUUUUCACCACGCGCGUUGAAGUCAACCAGUUAGAUUCGGCGGGUGAAGACGGAAGGGACCAUACAUCUGCAUACGUACACGUGAAAUCGUAAACAAGAGAUCGCAUACAAAGCCGCGGAGAUGCGCAUCCGCUAGGGAGGAACAAUGUAACCCGACUUCCGGUCAAACAUUGGCACGUGCACGCACUGAACGGUUUCGAACCGACGCGCCGUGUCGCAACUGCCUCUUUAUUUUUUCUCGUUUUGACUGAUGGCCAAUUACGAAAACGCUCUUGUAUCGCGUUCUAUUUCUAGCCCUAAAGUGAAGCACCGGAAAACAUUGAUCAAGUGGAUGGUUACACACCUGGCGUGGACUAUCCAAUUUACAAUACAGUGCCGUUUGGACUUGCGUUUACCUGUGGAGGGAAGCUACCUGGAUACUAUGCCGAUCCCGAAGCCAGAUGUCAGGUGUGGCAUUGGUGCUUACCAAAUGGACGUCAGUUUAGUUUCCUUUGCCCGAACGGUACAGUAUUUAGUCAAACCACUCGCGUUUGUGACUGGUGGUUUAAGGUCGACUGCCAAGAUUCACCGAGACUUUACGGCAACAACGACGAGCUUUACAGAGACGUGAAUGGAAAUAAGAUCUAACAACUCCUAUAUUUUUUAUAUAAAUAGUGUUGUAUGUACAUUAAUAAACUCUUUUAUAUAUAAGCUUCUCGCGAACGCGUAACGUCAACAAGGAUAUAACUCUGUGAAGGAAGGUGAAAAUAACUCGCGAAUCCCUAGUUUGCCGAUGCAGGAAUAAUAACAGAGAUAUCUGCUUUAUUUAUCGCUGUUAAAUAAAAUAGAAUUUACAAAAAGAA